AUGCAUGACUGGCCUCAGCGCCAUCGGUGGAAGGGCACAUCUGUUGACGACACAAGUGCCAUUGACGAACUGGACCGAGAUGUCUCCUCACAGACCCCUGUCUCCCAACAACCAACAUUCCCUUCCCAGCCCGAUCCCUUGGGCCCCUGGCUCCAUCCCGUCGAGUGUCUCAUCAACACUGCCCGCGACGAGCCUGAUGCUCUCCUGAUUAACACAUACGAGAACGGCGACUCGGAGCGCUUCAGCUAUCUCCAGGCCCUCCCUGGCUGGAACGAUGACGGCCACGACGUCAUCGGCACCUUCUGCGAGGCUGAAGCCAGCUGGGUGAUCUACUCGUUCGCCGUGUGGAUGCUGGGCAAGAAAACACUCAACUUUGCCCUCAACCUGCCUCCUGCAGCCCGCAAGGCCCUGUGCGAGAGACAUGCAAUCAAGUACAUUCUCUACCACCACACCAAGCCCGGCCGCACCGAAGGCGUGACGCUGGUCGAUGCUACCACCUUCCCGGUGUUGGACGACAUUCCAUCUCCGUCCCUCGAAGUCUGUGAGCCUCUCAAUGAGUUUGUUGCCUAUUUGGGAACCUCCGGAACAACCGGCAUUCCGAAGACAUACAAGUUCCCUCAUACUGGCGCAAUCACUGGCCGAGCUGUGCUGGGGCUCAAGUAU